AUGCCUAGACAAGUUAUCAAUCAACCACUUUAUACCGUUAAACGUGCUCCUCUAUCACAAGUGAAGCUUAUUCCUGUGAGGAGCCUACCAAAUCAACCGCUGAAUCACCAAGCAAAUGGUGUUGUUGAAACUCAAGCUCCAGCAGAGCCUCCUGCGGCACAAGUAAGUGGAAAGGGUGUUUCUGUGGCCAAAUUUCUCAAUCACAUUUUGACCAGUUGGAAGGCAGCCACUGGUGAACGUGCACAAGUCGCACAAUUGGUCCAAGACCUUAUUGACGAUAAGGUUUCUUGUGAUGUCUUCCUUGUCCAAUUGUAUUUCCACUUGAAAGCUUCAAGGAGACAAGAUGUGGACAAUUUAUUCUACACUGGUCUCCAUCAACUUCGAAUGGACUUGAUUAAUGGAACUGCAGUGAUUGCUAACAUCAGACCUCCCAAUCCUAAUGUGCUUGUGGGAGCCUCAGCUAUAACCACCACCACCACCACCGGCAGUACAGUAUCGCAAGCUGCUCAACCUGCAACAAUUCAUACUCCGUCUCACUCCUCUGCUUCUCACAUUCUUCCUCGACCUCCACCUCCUGUUGUGCAUAAUCUUCCCCCCAAUUCCACUUUUCAACUCACCACUUCCUCUAAGCCCAUCCGUUCUGCUCCCUUACGGCCAAUCGCUCCACGUUUACAUACUUCUCUUUUCUCUCCACGUGCUGCAGUCACCAAUUCUCCUAUUCCUAACCGACCACUCCGACGUCUCCGACCGCUCCGACCU